CACAGCUUAAGCCACUACAGAACCGACUGUAGCUUUUGUCUCACAUCUGCAGCAAAAUGGACAAGAUUAAAACCAUCCUCAACACCGCCAAGGAGCAGACCAGCCUCGGCUUGGGCCUGAUCUCGUUACUCACUGCAGGGAGUGAACAGAUUUUCUCAAAAGUGGUUUUCCAAUGCCCCUGCGACCAACUCAACUUCUUGUAUGGCGUUGUGUUUUUGCUUGUUCCUGCUUUGGCGUUGAUCACUCUUGGUUUUAUUUUGUCCAAGAAAACAUGGAAAUUGGUGACGGGUUUGUGUCGAAGAGAGGAGAAAGUGUGUGGCAGCUGCAGUAGAGUGAAGUCUCUUGCAAAUGUGAUCUUUCAGAUUUCGACGUUUGUUUUCCUGGCUCCGAGCACCUGGAUUGCAGUGGCUCUUCUGAAUGGGGUUUACAUCCAGUGCGCCAUGACAGGGACCAACAUGACAAUGUUUAACGAUCAUUUGUGCAAAAGGACUGAGAUGGAGGCAGACUGUUUAAAGGAGCUACACACAUUCCCUUGUGGAAUAGAUGGAAAAGUGCCUAAAGACGAGAGAGACGAGGUGCUCCUCAAGCUCAGAGCAGAGUCACAGAUUGCGGGUUGGCUGCUGAUUGCGACCAUGAUCCUUUUCUACUUGGCCUUCAGCUGUGUGGCUCGGUGCUGUUCUCCGGUCAGUUACCUUGAGCUGAAGUUCUGGAAGCUCUACGCCCAGAAGGAGGACACUGCCUUCAACUUGUACUCAGUCGAACACGCCGAGAAACUGGCCAAAUGCAGCGUCACAAGCUUCUUCACCAACACCGAACCAGACUCUGUUCAGACGCCCUCAAAUGAGGACUGGCAGGAGAUCUCCUCCGUCUACGUCCCCUGUGACACAAAAGGAAGGCAGUAUUACAGCGCACUGCACGGUUUCAUGAGGCCUAAGAGCGGAAGAGUCUACGUCCCCCCGAUCACAGAGGGAGAUAUGUCACCAUGUCCGCAGUCAAGAGAUGAUGAGGAGGAGAAACUCUGAAUGGAAACUGUCAUAUACCAAUGUUUUUUUGUUUGUUUUUAUCAUAGUCCAGUUUUAGUUCGGGUUUAAUUCUGGUUCUGUCCAUGGUCCCUCACGGUAUUUUUUAUUUUUUUGGUUUGUUCACAAUCAAAGUUUGUACAGCACAUUUUAUAAAUAAGACAGUCCGGCACAUAACAAAAAUUAAAAAAUAAAAAGACAAAAAAUAAAUAAAUAAAUACUACAGUUGAUUUGGUGUUGAGUUCGACUCUCAGGUUGUUUUUAGUGUGAACAUGUUUCGUUUCUCAUCCAAGCAGCUUCACGACUUCACGAUGGACUUUAGACUGAUUUAGACUUUCAUAAAAAAGUGUAUUUUAAAGGUGGACUAUGCAACUUUUCUGCUUGGGGAGGCAUCUCCAUAGAGACCAUUCACUGCACUAUAGAUCAAUUAUUUCUCACUUUGUACAAAGAUCAGACUUCAGACCAAAAUAAACCAAGACCAAACCAAGUCUAAACCCAGAACUAAUCCAGGAUUGACCCAGGACUGAACCAGGACUGACCCAGGACUGUAUCAGGGUCAGUUAUUGAACAUUUGUCCAAACCUGAUUGUGUCUUACCCUGUAGUUCUGAGAAUCUCGUCACUUCUGCACUUGUCUUAUUCAUGAUUAACAUGUGAGUGAAUAUUGUCACAUUUUCUUUGUGUUUUGGUGAUUUUUAAGAAGCAGCUUUUCUGUACUUUACCUCUGCUGCUUUUUACCUGGUUUUAGAUAAAUCUGCUGGGACAGGGGACACAGGGCUCAAAACUGGGGCUGUAAAUAGGAAUGUCUGAUCACAAUAACAAUAUUUUCUCUUCACUUUACAGUUUUUCAAGAUUUAAUUUAAAGGGACCAUGUUACUGUAUUUUCUGAUCUAAUGUCGUUUCCUCGUCACAAACAGACCUGGAGUUGUGUUUUAUUUCAUUCACAAAUGUUUGUGGCCAUAUCGACUUGUCAAAACCUGAUCCUGUCAGAUCUCAGAAGCUCAGCAGGUCCGGGUCUGGUCUGGACUUGGAUGGAGACACUGGGAAAAUCAGGAGCCACAGGGAGGCGCCAGUCACAAAAACUGUCACUGUGUCCUUAGGCAAGACACUUCACCCACAUUGCCUAGUGUGAAAGUGGUGUGUGUGUGAGUGAUGGUGGUGGUCGGAGUCAGUCUGCCCCAGGGCAGCUGUGGCUACAAUAGUAGUUUACAUCACCUGGUCUGAAGAGAAAGAAAGAAUAAUGAAUCUGUAAAGCAUCUUUGUGACAUUUGUCUGUGAAAAGCUCUUUAUAAAUAAAGACUUACUUCUUUAACACACAAA